CCUGCAGCACAGCAAAUGUACUUCGCUCUCGUCUCGGUUCCAGACACCCAACAACCACCUGGAUGUCCGAUUGUGAGCGUGUGGAACGACAAUGGUCGGGGUCAUCGUGCCAUGACAGCCCUCACCACUUACACUUCUAGUCACCGUGACCUCCCUGAAAGGUCGGCACCACAGACUUACAGAGCUUAUAGAAGUCUGUGGGUGGGACACCUGACCGUCGUCAAGAGGCAAGUUCGGAGGGGACAGUUACGACGUGGUAGUCAGCCUGGAUCGCCGCGAAAUUUGUCUCCAAAUUGGAAGAAGCUGCCGGGUGGUGGAACUGACUUGACCUUGAAUGAACUUCAAGGGCUUGCAUCCCGACAGCAGGUUGCCAUGGAGUCACAGCAGCAGGCGCUGCUUGCUCGGGAAACACGGCUGAAGUAUCUACAGCAACAGGAAGCCCGCCAUCGGCAGCUGGCAGCUGAACAAGCUCGACUUCACCGGAUGCGCGAGAGGGUGGAGGCUCAGGAACUGAAGCUGAAGAAGCUGCGAGCACUGAGAGGACAGGUGGAACAGUACAAGGCCAGCAAUGGCAAUCUCAGCUCAGAACUUGAAGCAGUGCGGGCACUUUUCAAUGAGAAGGAGAAGGAACUGGCAGUUGCUGUCUCCAAAGUAGACCAGCUCAUGUCACAGCUGCAAGAACUUCGCGGCACCAGGGGCAAGGGCAUCAUCACCAAUGGCAACAGCAGCAAAGCUGAUGGGGCUGCCCUUGCGUUGGAACUGGAAAAACUGCGAAAGGAGCUACAGCAUCGCAACCAGUUCAACGAACAGCAGAACCUGCACCUCUCAGCUCAACGACAACUCUUGCAGCAACGGAAAGAUGAAGUUGUCAAGAUGGACACCCGCAUCCGUGAGCUCCAGCAGCGCCUGAAGAAAAGCCGUUCACAACAGAAACAGCAGCAACAACAGCAAGCACAGCAGAAACAGCAGCAACAGCAAAAUAUUGUUGUAAAGCCUAAUGCAAACAAUAUUUUGGAGCAAAAAGAUGUUUCUUCUGGCUCUGCUCAGCAGAGGAAGCCAAGUCCAAACAUAGCUGCAGUGGAACCCUUCAUUCAGUUUUCGUCCAAGGAUAUGAUAAAAGAUGAUAUGUUUUCGAAGUCAGGGUUUGUGAAACAGGACCCCAAAUACCAGACAUUACCUGCGAGCACCAAAUAUACUGGCUCCAGUAAAGAUAAUGAGUUAGUAUCUAAAGGUUUACUACAAAAAGAGGUUAACAACAACAACAGGGAUUUGAAGAGUAUUGAAAGUGGUAACGUUACAGCAGGAGUAGCUUCAGAAAAGAAGAUUCCAUCAUUAAUUUCCUCUCAUUUUGAUUCUCGCCGUGGCCGGUCUGGUGUCCCUGGCAGUAAGUUGGUCAUUGACACCCAGACAACAGCACUCAACAGACCUGUUCCUCCAGGAAACAUUGCUAAUGGGUCAGCAUCUUCAUUGCCAGGCCAGGGUACUGCUGCUUCUGUUCAUAGUGUACACCCAUCUCGGACACAGGAAAGCAAUGCCUCAGACAAGCCUUCCAUUAGUGUGACUGGUAAACCAGGGCUAGGCAUCUGGCCACCUCCUGCUGCCAAAGAAUCCGAACAGCAUCCACAAAUAAAUAUUUUUGAUGAGGAGCGGCAAGCAGGCAGUGGCCAGAGUUCUCCAGCCUCCAGUGAGGGGGCUGCACCGCAGACUCCUGUGGUGAAGUCCAUUAUCAGUGCGCUUUCAGAGGACAGUGCAUUGCCAGGCUCUCUUGAUGCAUCCAGAACUGUGGCAGGUUCAACCCGUGCCAUACCAGGAGCAGGUCAGGCUGGUACACAGCAGGCCGAAAGGUCUGGAAAUGUCAUGAAACUUGGGCAGCUUUUUCGAACCAAGAGAAGUGAACUCUGCAGGCAAGCCUAGACCAAAACCACCACCUCGGAAUCCUCAGCACAGCGGCCCUGUGAAAACGCAGUCACCAGAGCAGGUGGUUCGAGAAAUGGCCGGCCAGCAGCAGGAUCUUUCCAUGGCUUGUUGAUUUCACAGGUGGAUGAACCUGAUUCGUCUAGGUUGGUCACAAACUUGUUAAGCCCUGGGUCACCACAGGCGUCCUCUACUCCAGUUUCUCAGCAGGCCAGUGGCUCCAUCAGCAACAGCAAUGGCUCCAACAACAGUGCAGGUGGUGGUAAAAACGAGUCGGGAAAGUCGGAGCAGUCACCAAACUCCACCACCACCUCCACUAUACAUUUAAACCAACGACCAGCCCCUACGUACAGAUAUGCACCAAAGAGUGUGAUAGCCAACACUUACAUGGGUCGUCUGGGCUCAGCUGCUCUAGAACGAUAUCAGCAAAAUUUAAGUUUGCUCUACAAGAAAGCAGAUGGCACAGACAAGUCAUCCCAGCCUCCACAGCAGCAGCCCCAAGAAAGCAAGAGUGAACAACAAUCCGAUUCAAACCAACCACUUCCUUCUACCUUGGAAGCUGGGGCUGUCCCUUCAGCAAUGACACAUUUCGGUCUGGUUGGCUCCCCCAGCUACCCAGACAUUGCCUCUGACAAAGGAAGUUACAAAGCCAACACCCCCAAGAACAUCCGACGCAGACAUUCCGACAGUGAAAAUGAAGAUUUAAACAAAUUGCUGAACCGAUCAGAGAAACAUUUGCCUUCAGAACUUGAGAAUGUGGAAGAGGAUGUUUCAGACAUCCCCAAACCUAAUGGCAUGGAAAAUAAAAUAAAAAUGGAUAAGGGUACCUUACAAGCACCUGCUUCUGAAUCUAAAGAAAGCUUGACCAAAAGGCUUGGGAGCAGUGGUAGUGUGGAUGAUAGUAGCAAAGGUGUUCCUCCAUCGCCAGUUAAACCACAAGCCCCACCUGCUGGGCUUGAUGGGAGAGAAACAGUAGUGAGACGCAAAAAGACAAUCCUCAAAGGAAGUAAUUCUCGUAAGUCAGCAAAUCGUGUAAGUUUCGACCCUCUUGCACUUUUGCUGGAUGCCUCGCUGGAGGGUGAACUGGACCUGGUCAUGCGGACAGCACGUGAGGUUCCCGAUGUGAGUGCUCCAAAUGAUGAAGGCAUCACAGCUCUGCACAAUGCAAUAUGUGCUGGGCAUUAUGAGAUCAUGAAGUUCCUGGUGGAAUUUGGAUGUGAUGUUAACUCCCCUGAUACUGACGGAUGGACACCCUUGCAUUGCGCUGCCUCUUGCAACAACUUGCCGAUGGUUCGAUUCUUGGUGGAGCAUGGUGCCUGCAUCUUUGCUGCUACACUCAGUGAUAAUGAGACUGCGGCAGAGAAGUGUGAUGAAGAUGAGGAUGGUUACGAUGGAUGCAGUGACUACUUGUAUACUAUUCAAGAGAAAAUGGGCAUUUUGAACAACGGGGAAGUGUAUGCAGUUUUCGACUAUGACGCACAUAACUCUGAUGAACUGGAGUUUCGCACGGGGGACAAGAUGAUAAUCCUGCGUAAGGGAGAUGAGACUGAAAAAGAAUGGUGGUGGGCUCAGCGCAAAGGCAGGGAAGGAUACGUGCCUCGAAACCUUCUUGGGCUGUACCCAAGGAUAUCACCUGGCAACCACCGUCCUACAGACAGCUCCGACUGUUAGGUUUGGAAUUUUUUUGGGGGAAUUCAAACAUACUGAUAGAACGCAUGCAAAAUGGGCAAAAAAACAAGUGUCUGAUCAUUAAAUAUUACUUGCACAAAGGAUGCCUUAUAGUUAGUUCUUUGUCAAAGUGCGCUUUAAAUGAUUGUACAGGAAGAAAAAGUCAUCACUUUGGCACAGGUCCUAAGAGAUGUUCUGAGAAUCUGUGCUGUUAAGUAAAUUAAACAUGAUGUUUAGGAUAUUCAUAGAUGAGAUAAAAAAAUGCCAGUUAAGAUUUUUGGGCUGAAUUGUGCAUUUCAGCAGCUUGAAUUCUAGGGAAAUAAAAUAUAUAUAUCAAAUGUUAAAAUAAUUUCCUCAUGCUUCACAUUCAGACCUCCGGCCAUUUCAAUAGCACAGGGUUGAUAUCUUCUCAGUAUUUGCUGUUGUAUUUUUUGGAGCCAGAUGGUGGAAAGCAAGAGUCUGUUUAGUAAGUCUUCACUUGUUUUGAAAUGGGAGAAAAAUAUUUUAUUCAGUUGUCAUUGACCUUUUGGUUGUGAAAUGGUAAAGUGAUGCUCAACUUCAGAUAAUACAAAGAAUUUUGCAGUCUGCAUGUGCAGAAUACUGGUCCCACCGAAAAUUUAAUCAUGUUUUUCAGAAACCGAAAUCAAGUCUCGCCUCUUCCAUUUCCAAUUUAGUGGAUGACUUGUUUUACAAGACAUAGACUUAUCUGGCAAAGGAAUAUAAUUUAUGUAAAUUAUGUACUGGAUGUGUAUUUUCUUAAGUUCAUUAUAUGUACAUUUGCUCACAAAAUUGUGUACACUUCCUCAGAUUUCACUCUUGUUCUUUGCAACUAUGCAACAUUUGGUCUGUUAUGAGAAUGUUUAGAAUUGGUUGAAAUAUUUAUGCUGCUUAUCAUUUACAUUAAAGAACUGAAAAAUUAAA